GGCUCCGCGGGGCGGGGCUCUGUGACGGCCGUUCUUCGCACCCAUUGAUGCUCAGCCAGCACCGCAGGAGCUCAUCUGAGGCCCACCGUGUGGGCAGACAUCUGUCUGAGGUUUCAUGGUAAAAAGGAGGAAAAAUGUCCUCCUCGUCCCUGCUGCUGGACCCAGGAUGGUGUUUGCUUCGUUCAGGAUGAGCGGUUCGAUGCAGAUCUUCUCAGAGCUCCUCUGCCGGUCUCCGUGUCCACCUGCUGUCCUCCACCUCCUCCUCCAUCUCUUCCAUCUCCUCCCCCCCCCCCCUCCUCCUCCUCCUCCUCCUCCAUCUCCAUCUCCAUCUCCAGCCCCGGUGGCGCACAGCUCUGCCAUGGUGGACUCCGGUGCCAUGAGGAGGACCUUCCCGGUGCCGGAGAUCAAGCCCCUGGAUCAGUACGACUUCAGCCGGGCCAAGAUCUGCGCCAGUGUCGGGUGGCUGCUGACCACGGCGUACGGGGGACCGGAAAAUGUACCUGUGGAGCUCCAGGAGCCCUUCUACCGUGAUCAGUAUGAGCAGGAGCAUGUUAAGCCUCCUGUCACAGGUGUCCUGGUGUCUGCUGAGCUCUACUGCCGUGUCUAUGGGCUUCUGUUGGGAGUGGCACCUCCUAGGGACAGCUGUGCCCUGUUACAGCUCCUGGUUCAGAAAGGCAUGACUCUGAGAGACCAAGAUGUCAUAGUGACAGAAGCCCAUCUCCAGCUUAUACCCAUCAGGAUGGGCGCUCACCUGGCUGUGAUCGAUGCGCUAAUGUCACUGGGUGCGAUGACGACGGUGAGCAAAGUGGCAAUGCCAGCUGGCCUGGAGCAGCUGGGAGGCAGAUCUGACUGGGAGAAUGCAGUACUCUACUGGAUUAACAGGCUGAUACAGAAGCUGAAGGAGAAUGUGGAGGGAGAAGUGGUCCAGAGGUCUCAGCCCAGCACUGACCUGCAGCCUGUCCAGCCUUCUUGUCCCACCCGCUGGUACUGGAAGCUCGUCCCUCAUGCCAUCGCUUUUUGUUUGAAGGAGUCGGGGAAUAAGCCACCUGUGAUUCGCUACAGAAAGGACAAGAUGCUGCCCAAGCAAACGCCCAUGUUUCCGCUGGUAACCAGCAUAAAGGACCUGUCCAAUGGCUGCGCAAUAGCCGCAGUUGUCCACUACUACUGCCCACAUCUACUGCGACUGGAAGAUGUGUGUUUGAAGGACACCAUGUCUGUGGCAGACAGUCUGUACAACCUGCAGCUCAUCCGGGACUUCUGUGUAAACACCCGGAAGUGCUACUGCCCCCUGGCAUUGGAGGACCUGUUGUACGCGCCACCGGCACUCUGGGUGAACAUCAUGAGCUUCAUGGCAGAGCUGCUGGGAUGGUUUGAAGUGCACAAGCCUGAGUUUGUUCAACCACGGGAGCCUCUUGAUCUAACUGACCCAUCAGGAUUGGUUAGCUGCACAACCCCGACUAGUGGAAACAGCAACAGUGCAUCUCCCUCCUUCAUCUUCAAGCAGCCUUUUGUGCCCGUCUCCUCUCCUGUGUCCCCUGGAGCUAUGGCAGAAGGUGUUGGGAGACCAUGGACCAAGAAACAUAUCAGCCGGCCGCUCUCUGCCGUGUCAUUCAGCAUCCCCUUCGGCCUGGACAGCGAUGUUGACAUAGUCAUGGGCAACCCGGUGGGGGCCAUUAUUCGCUCAACGAGUACAGAUAGCUUGGCCUCAGCUGUUCCUGCCAUGAGUCGCGCCCCCUACACACCCCCAGAAGACCUGAGCCACCUGCUGAAGGGAGUCCCUGUGCCCAUUCCCAAAGGGCUCUUAGGGUCUGCGGAGAAUGAACUGGUGGAUGCAAGCACUAUGGAAGAGGCCUUCCAGGUCAUUCAAAGCAAGGGAAAAUUAGAGCCCCGGCUUCGGCCAGAGGGGGCCCCAGAUGGCUUCUACCUGCACUCCCCUGAGGAUGAUAGCUGCCCUGCCAGGCUCAGCAGCUCUGCCCCCACACGGACUGGGAUGCUUUACCGGACACGAGGCCAGAAGCGAGAGCACCGUGGCAAACACAACUCUGAGUUACGGAACGAUAAUCUAGCGCUGAGGGUUGGUAGAGAUGCCACUGAAGGCUUCGUGACAGUGCACUCCACUCCAACAACACCUGCCAGCACCCCGCUGAAAAAGGGCCAGCUGGAAUGCAGUAUGAAGAUGACCAGCUUUGCAGAGCUCAAGAAGAAGAUAGUGCCUGACACACCCCCUAGUGAGGCUCCUUCCCCACCGAUGACCACUUGGGUUCAAAGAUCAGAGGAGAGCCCCAGCAAGAGUCCUGCCCUCAGCACGGAGAUGUCGGAGCUUGGUGCUCAGCUAGAGGAGAAGCGCAAGUCCAUCGAAGCACAGAAGCAACGAAUUGAGGCCAUCUUUGCCAAACACCGGCAGCGUCUGGGUAACAGUGCCUUCCUGCAGCUCCAGAAACAACAGUGUGGCAGCGGAGCAACAGAGGUUGGUGGAACAGCAGAGCCCAGUGGGGCACCAGAGCCCGAUGGUUCUGACCAGGCCAAAACUGGUGCCUUGCCCACAGAGAAGGAGACCAAGAGGCUGGAAGAGCGAUUGCCAUGCAGUGGUGGUGAGGAAACCAGCAAUAAGCCACCACCCAAGCUGGAGAAACAAGUGACCUUCUCCAAAGAGACACAGGUGGGGGAGAAAGGGGUCGUGCCGUUGGACGAGUACAACGAUGCCGUGUUCAAACUGAAUGAGGCCCUCAGCUCCCUGCAGAGUGACAUGCAGCGUCUCUCCGAGCAGCAGAAACGCCUGAUGAGUAAGAAGGGGGCACCAUCCUCUCGCGCUUGGGUCAUCCCUGCCGGACGUACUCCUCCACGUCUUUCUCACGAGUCCUCCAGGGACCUUCCGUCUACCUCGUCUUCUCCCUCUCCAUCCCGCAAGGCCUCCAGCCGUGUCUCAAACUCGCCUAAGUCCGCCCAAGUGUCCACCUGCCGGACCCAGUCUGCACCUGCCAAGAGUCCUCGGCACCAGCAGCAACAAACCCGUCCACUGGAUCUAAAAUUCCCGCCCCUCACCCGGGUGCUCACUCCUCCACAGAAUGUGGACACCCUGCCCCAUCUGCGCAAGGUGUCUCCCAGCCAGUGCCAGGUCCAAACCUGCUCUUCUUUCAGCAUUGGGGACCCGCCGUCACCUCUGCCGAUGGAAGACAUCUCCUCAGAGACGUGCUCCAGUGAGGACCACACCAUCUUCAGCCUGGACCUGGAGGACAGUACACCGCUGGUCCUAACCAGCCAGGAGCAGCCGAGCUCAGGGGCGCCCUCAGACUGCUCUCUCGAGAGUGAUGUCAUGGGAGCCUUGAGCGGCCCCCACACCAGCAGCCUCAUAGAGGUCUCAGUGUCCUCACUGCAGGGGCCCAGAGGGGAUGAGGGGCUCCACAUCUCGUCUAGCUCUUUAAGCAGCCAGUCGGACCCAGAAGGGAAGGCUGGGCUCGCAUUCUACCACAAGGAGGACGAGCCGAGGUCGGAGGGAGACAUGGCCCAGCGGAGAGCAGCGCUGCUCCAGAAGCAGCAGAGAAGAGCGGAGGAGCUGAAGAGACGGAGACAGGAGUCACCAUGGGAGCGGGACGCCAGACCACUGUCCGUGGAGGAGCCGAGACCCCGGUGGGUUGAGGAGCGAGCUGCGCCCCUGCGCCCGCCUCAGCGACGAGGAGAAUUCACGCGGCAAGAGUAUGAGCGAAGGCAGCAGCUGAAGCUCAUGGAGGACCUGGAGAAGGUGCUGCGGCAGCGGCCACCUGCCUCGCGUGGAGCCAAGAAGCAGAGGCCCAAGACGGAGUUUCGGGACGACUCGGGACUGUCUCGCAGCCCUGCCAAGGGAUUCAUGGGAUCAAAGCUCACUAAGAUUUACUCCCAGUCCAGUCUCAACCUUUCCUCCAUGGCCAACGAUUCUGGAAAUGGCUGCAACUCCCCCAAAGCAAAGAAUUCCCCCAGCCAAUCUCAGUCGCCAGCAAGAUUGAUGUCACCCUGUCGUCCAGCUAAUCAGAAUGGAGAAAAGGAUGGUGAAAAUGGUUCCCCUGCCUCCUCUCCUGCCUCCAUCCCAGAAUACACUGGCCCUAAGCUGUUUAAAGAGCCCAGCUUCAAGUCCAACAAAUUCAUAAUUCACAACGCACUCUCACGGUGCUGCCUGGCUGGGAAAGUCAAUGAACCGCAGAAGAACAAGAUCAUGGAGGAGAUGGAGAAGAGCACAGCAAACCACUUCCUGAUCCUCUUUCGGGACUCCAGCUGCCAGUUCCGUGCCGUCUACACCAUGAACCCCGAGACGGAGGAGCUGGUACGUCUGGCAGGAACAGGCCCCCGGGCGGUGAGCUCCUCCGUGGUAGAAUCCAUGUUCAAGUACAGUUCAGACCGUAAGCAGUUCACAGCCAUCCCGUCGAAGACUAUGUCCAUGAGCGUGGACGCCUUUACCAUCCCGGCCCACCUGUGGCAGAGCAAGCGGCCUGGCACGCCAAAGAAACCCAGCACCCCCAAAUAGACAGUGUUGUC